AUGGUCGCGGCCGGAGGAUAUUCAUUUGUCAUUCCGGCCAUCGGGCGUAUGUGCAUACGACGGUACAGUCGAAUCGUUAAAGUAUCGUUAAUUUUCCGUCACCGUCGCUCGUCGAGCGGGCAAGUCGCCAAAGGCGCGAUUGGUGUGUGUUCCGGUUAAAAGUGUCAAAAUAUGCGAAUCCAUUAGUCUGGGAAGACCAGCGGAAGAUAAAUUGGGCUUUGCAACAGCGGUCAAGAACCGUCGGUCAACUUGAACCCAUUGUACUCGUUGUCGAACAGCUUUUCUCUACGACUGUUGAAUUUGCGGUGACUUUACAGUGUGCACCGCUUUUAGACACCCGCAAGUGCCGCCGGGUAAUUGAUCGUUCUUGAACAAAGGCGUGUACCAUAAUGGCUGCCAUGUUGGACGGAUACGUUAACCAGCUCGAUAAUUAUUACGCCCAUAAUCAGUGUUUUCAACCAAACGCUUAUACCGUACCUGCGCAUCGCCAAGGUGGAAGCGCCGUUGUUCCAGCCAUGGACUGUCACGCCGUUCCCGAUAGUUCUUACUGGAGUCCGAUGGACGCGACGGGAAUAUCCGGGGGCAGUUCCGGCUCCGGAAGUCCGGGCACUUCGGACACUCCACCGUGCCUGGAGGAGCUCGGGAUAACGGAUCCCCCGGCGGCGUUUCACCUCCACACCUAUCACAACCAGAGCCACGUCGUAGCCUCGCACAAUCAUUACGGCGUCGGGUACCACGACCAGGUCGUCGAUGGUCAAAUCCGGGAGGACUACGCCCCCUGCUCAACAUCGGCGGGUCAGGGUUCGUCCUUCAGCCUCGGGACCCCGGUGAGACCGGUCAAGAGGAGGAACACUGCCAACAAAAAGGAGAGACGACGCACGCAGAGUAUAAACAACGCUUUCGCCGACCUCAGAGAUUGCAUUCCCAACGUCCCGGCCGACACCAAAUUGUCCAAGAUCAAAACUCUGAGGCUCGCUUGCUCCUACAUCGGCUACCUCACAGCGGUCCUGGACAGCGACGAACCUCCGGCCACCUUCAGGGCGGAACUCGUACCCGGCAGCAGGCGGUCCAAGCAAUCCGGGGUUGAUCAAAGUCAGGAAGCGAUAUCUCAAGAACCUGUUGAGGAAACGAGGCGUACGAAAGGAAGAACGGGAUGGCCUCAGCACGUCUGGGCCUUGGAAUUAAAGCAAGAACAGCCUCCGGGAUUAUAGCCUAAUUACCACGAACAGCCUGAGAUUCAUCCUACUUUAUACGAACUGGGUAUGUGACAAACAAGGUGGCGUGAUAGAUAAGUGCGGACAUGUCACAAAAAUGAGAGAGCAUUCACGCUUUCGCCUCGGUUCUGAGAGUGCCAUUUUUUGGAGAAUAUAAAUCGUUCUCACGAGAAACGAACGAUCAUUUAAAAUCAACAAGCACGACCACGAAGCUGAUACAUAUUUUUUUCUUAAAUUUGUCUUUGUUCAGAAGCAUCACUUCGAAGAAUAAUUGUUUUCUUCAACUUCAUAUAUGUUUCGUCAGUAAUUUUCUACCCUGCAGAAUUUGGGAAAAAAGAUCAGCUAAUUCGACCUCAAUCGAUAUACCUACCGUAAAAAAAAUAUUCCCAACAAAAUCAUAGUGCCUACAAUUUUUUAUAAGUCGUUAUUAUAUUUCAACUUUUACGAGCAGUUUCAAUCGUCCUAAGAUUUGCUAUAAUUUCGUUGUACCCAGGAUUUUUAACAACGUCACGACGUAGGAAUUUUUAUUACUUGUCUCAAGUUUUGAAAAACGAACAGCUUUUGCAAUGAGGUCGCGUUUCACGGAGGAAGAUACAUAAAUUUCACGUUCACCCGGCUGGUUCAAUAAUUUUUUAUUUUCCAUCGAUCCUUCCACUCGAAUCGUCCGGAAAAAUUAUAAUGCACUGUACCGCGGCGUGGCAAAAGAAAUCGCGGGCAGCUGGUUGAAUUAUACGGGGAAACAUUUGUCAUUGAAUUUUCCUUCAUAAAUAUCUCUGGCGAGCGCGAGUGCGACAUAAAUUACGAAUCAACGUUAGGUGGUCCAGGGAAUCCCUUUUUCCGCGGGUAUCUCGACGCAAGCGUCGCUUGGGAAAAAUAGACACCGCGGAAAAGCGAGCUCGAAAUCAACUAAAACAAACGAUUGGUUUGAAGAUUAAAGAAAAGCUCGUAAAGUGAGCGGACGGAUGUUCAAGCAGGUCCGCUUCACUGUGCAUCAAUUUGAAAAGUGUGCGGAUAUCAAGUUGAAAUUGGUCGUGAAAUCGUUGCUUAUUACGAUAGUAAAGCGUACUUUCUGUUUUGAAAUAUUACUAUUAACGAAGGGGACAGAGUUUAUGGUGAUGCAAGACACCCGAUACCGCGAGGUUUAAAUCCUGUGAGUCACUUUUUCUUCUUCACUUUUUCAACGAGACAUCAAUUACGCGCGGGUUCUGGUAAAUUCGAUAUCUCCGAGUCGUAAUUACGGCGCCAAAAGUCUCGCAACGUUCCAAGUCAUGAUUUAGUGUAUAGUUUUGCUCAAAUGAUUCAUCGACUCACCGCUGACGGCAGCUGUAGGUUUUAAUUAACGCGAAUCGGAAAUUUGCAUGCAUGAAAAUUUUUAGUGUGCCAAUAAUUCAGCUUUUAAAAAAAGCAAUAAACAUAUGUAGCUCGCUUUUUGUAAAUUCAACAAACAGACUUCUCACCUGAAACUGUUUGACGAAACUUUUUACCGCGGGUUACGUAAUGUUCUAAUUUCCAUCGUUUCUUCAACUAAAUUUUUAUCUGAAUUCUAUUUCUUCGAUUAUAUUUUGGCUCAACACUGAGAGGACAAUUUAUUACUGUAUGGUGAAGCCAGUAUUUAUUACCAUGUCGCAUACUAAAACCAUAUUAUCGAUACACAAAUAUGGAUAGCAUAUUUAUUCAGGUUUAAUUUAUCGGUUUCCAAUAAACUUUUAUACAGCUUCGUGAUCGUUUACAGUAUAAAGUAACAAAUAUACAGCUAUUUCCAAGCUUAAUGCAAUAAAAAAAAAUCUCUAUCGUUAUAAUAAAUAUUGAUAUCUUCCUCCUUCUCGUGAUGAACAUUGCUCGCUAGUUGAACUUUUGCAGAAUUCUGAUACGGAAUAGAAUUUAAUCUUGCUCGAAUAAAAAUAAUAAACUUUCGCAAAAUUGGAAUAACAAAAAUCAGCUCGCCGGACGAUUAUUCAAUAAGAAUUGGAAUCACGCGGUUCUGAGGUAAAAUAAUUAGGAAGCUAAAUAUAUUUUGGCAUUUUAUUGCAAUACGUUAGACAUUAUCAAAGGAAAAAUUCGACGAUGCUGUUUAUUGAAAUGCCAAAUAAUAAACCAAAAUCGGUCGCAUGAGCAACAAAUCACCAUCGAGAAUAAUUAAAAAAAAAUAUAUAUAUAUAAAAUGCAUUCUCGAAGGUGCCGAGUCGGAAAAGGUGGAAUCACCAGUUCAUUUUUCUUCGUUCUUUGUUAAUUUUCAAAUACUACGUAAUAUGUGUAAAGUUAUAAUAUAAUACACGCAGAUAGAUAUUACAUAUAAUUAUGCAAGUAUUAUAAGUUAUUUUUAUCGACAAGCAGAGCCAGGACACGCCUGGUUUAAAGUAUAACUGCUGCAUAUACGGUAAUAUAUGCCGAUAGCAAUAAAUAUCUAGUGACUAAAAUUCACCCGCAUAUGUACAUUGUUAGCUAUCUGUCUUUAGUGGCAAUUAAGUCUUACACCAAUGUGUUAUACAGGCACUAGAAUUCGCACGAAACCCGCCGAAUAUCAUCGUGGACUUGGAGCUCUACGGUUAAUAAAUUUUUAAGCAAAGAGUUGAGCGGUAAAAAGUGAUAAUAUUCGCGGAUAAUAUAUACAUAUUUAUAGAAUUAUUUAACUUAUUUUCCACAAUUAUUAUUCAUUUAUGGCUAUUUUGAUAUUUAUUGCGUAAACAGCGUCAUGUGUAUGUAUACAUUGUUACAUAGCGUAUGUGUGUGAAAUAAACGUGAACGUUAAAAAA